UUGAAAGCAUCAACAAUGUCGAGCAUGUCAGAUCGUAAGGCAGAGUUGGAGCGAAAGAAGGCGAAACUACAGGCUCUGAGAGAAGAAAAGGAUCGACGCCGUCGGGAAAAAGAGCAGAAAGAUGCAGAAGAGGCUUUGCAAAGAGCUUCAGUGGCAUCAAGCCUGGACAGCCGACGCGAUCUAGAUGAGAUGCUGUCUUCAUUGGGAGUUGCACCAGUUAAAGAUGUCUUGUCAUCCUUGUCGUCUAUGACAUCUCUAACGCCGCCACAGACUGCCUCACCUGACGCCAGCCUGCCACUUGCUGACAAAGCCAGUUUACCAGCUCAAGGAGGCCAGAAGAAACCUGUGCAGCUGCAAGUAGUAUCAGUGCAAUCCACUGACAUUCCACCCAAGGAGAAUGUUACGUAUACCAAGCAAACACAGACCACUGCUUCAGGGGUCACGGAGCUACGAGAUGGAUACAUGGAGGACUGGUGGCGGCCACGUAAAGCACACGCAACCGACUACUACGACGAGUACAAUCUAAACCCGGGUUUAGAGUGGGAGGACGAGUUCACAGGAGACGACGAGGAGGCGGCGUUCCACGGCAAGCUGCCACCCGGCAUCCUCCCGCACGGGCUGCCCACCGUCAAGGAGGUGCAGCCCGCCGUCACUGACACCCCCCUGGAGAAGAAGGAGGAGGAGGAGAAGAAAGUGCGCGAGCUGAGCACGGACGAGAAGCAGACGAUCAUGCUGUCGGCGGAGUUCCAGAAGUUCAUGAGCCGCGCGGGCCGCGUGAUCGAGCGCGCGCUCGCGGAGUCCGUCGACAUCUGCACCGACUACACCGGCGGCGGCGACGCGGAGGAUGCGCAGGACGACAAGUCCGACGCGCGUCUCUCACUGGUGCGCACGUUUUACGACGAGCGCUGGUCUCGAGGCCGUUGCGUGACUUGUCUCGACUGGUCCACCGCCCACCCGGAGUUGUUGCUGGCCUCCUAUCACAACAGCGAUGACGCGCCACACGACCCUGACGGAGUUUGCCUCGUGUGGAACACGAAAUACAAGAAGACUACGCCAGAGGAUAUCUUCCACUGUCAGUCGCCCGUUAUGAGCGCCACUUUCGCUAGGUUCCACCCCAACCUGAUCCUAGGAGGCACAUACUCGGGUCAGAUUGUGCUGUGGGACAACCGAGUCCAGAAAAGAACGCCUAUACAGCGGACCCCCUUGUCCUCGCUUGCACAUACGCACCCAGUUUACUGUCUAUCAGUAGUAGGCAGCCAGAACGCUCACAACUUGAUCUCGGUGUCAACGGACGGGCGCAUGUGCUCCUGGUCCCUGGACAUGCUGUCGCAGCCGCAGGAGACCCUGGAUCUGCAGCACAGGCAGAGCAAGGCUGUCGCCGUCACCGCCAUGGGGUUCCCGCAUGGAGACGUUAACAACUUUGUGUUGGGAAGCGAGGACGGGAACAUCUACACUGGGUGCCGGCACGGCGCGCGCGCCGGCGUGUCGGAGUGCGUGGAGGCGCACGCGGGCCCGGUAACGGCCGUCAGCUGCCACGCGGCGCCCGGCGCGCUCGACCUCGCACACCUCUACCUGUCGGCGUCUAUGGACUGGAGCGUCAAGCUGUGGAGCACCAAGCAGCCGCGCCCGCUCUACUCGUUUGAGGAUAGCGGCGACUACGUGGCGGACGCGCGCUGGUCGCCGCAGCACCCCGCCCUCUUCGCCGCUGCGGACGCGGCCGGCCGCCUCGACCUGUGGAACCUGAACCGCGACACCGAGGUGCCGGUGGCGUCGGUGCAGGCGGGCGGCGCGCUGAACCGCGUGGCCUGGAGCGCUUCCGGCGCGCACCUGGUGGCUGGUGAUGACGCGGGCAAGAUCUACCUCUACGAGCUGGCCGAGCAUGUAGCACAGCCACGGCACGACGAGUGGACCAAGUUCGUGUAUACGCUACAGGAGCUACGCAACAACCAGGCCGACGACGACACGGAGCGCCUGGGCCUCGCUACAAGCGGCCCGCCCUCGCUCUCCAGCCUCACUUCGCUCGCCAGCAACCCGCUCAGAUAA